UACUUUGAACUAGACAAGGAAUAUAUAUAUAAAACUAUUUGGAGAAGUUGUCUUCUCGGUUUGCAAAAGGGAAGAAGAAGGCAGCGUGAAGCAAGGCGAGGGAAGAAAGAUUUGAUCAAACGGUCCACAGAAACCCACGUCACCACUGUUCUUCGCCAACAACAACUCGUCCAUCCUCCCAGAAAUCAUUCUUCUCUCCCCAUCUCCCCAUACCCCACCUCAAUUAAUCCCAAACUUUAUAACAAAAAAAUUUAAUUACUCUACUUUAUUAUACAUAUCCAUCCAUCCAUAACAUUAUUAUUAUUCAUAAAAGAAACAAAUUACAAUAACAUUACAUAACAAUAAUAUAAUAAUAAUAAUAAUAAAGUUCAGUGAGUUUAUGUGAGGAUGCAAGCGGUGGGGAGGUUAGGGAGCUACAUUAGUCAAGGCGUAUACACCGUUUCCGGACCCUUUCAUCCAUUCGGUGGCGCCGUCGAUAUCGUCGUCGUUCAACAGCAAGACGGUUCCUUCAAAUCUUCGCCAUGGUACGUUCGAUUCGGCAAAUUCCAAGGUGUUUUGAAAUCAAAGGAGAAAAUCGUUCAGAUCAACGUGAACGACGUCGAUGCUGAUUUACAAAUGCAUCUCGAUAACAAAGGGGAAGCUUUCUUUCUAAGAGAAAUUGAUGCGGAAACGGUUCUGAUUGAUUCAAUUGAAUCUGGUGAUGGUGAUGGUGAUGAUCUCGAUGUUCAAUCUUUAAAGUCUAAAAGUAGUAAUUUCGGUUCUGAGGAUGGGAAGAUUGUAGGGAGGACUAAUUCGAAUUCUCGUCGUUCGCGGAUACUUGGUCUUAUGUUUGGGAGAAGGUCUUUGAGUGGUGAAUUUGAAGAUGCUAUUGGGAAUAAGGAACGUGCUGAGAUUGCUGCUAAUUUGUUGGAUAUUAAGUGGUCGACGAAUCUUGAUGGUGAGAAUAAUGGAGAGGCUGAUCAUGCUGUGGUCGUGGAGAAUGUGGAUGGUUCUUUUGGUGUUGCCAAGGUUGAGAAGAAAUUGAGUGGAGGAGAGGUUUCUGUGGUGGAGGAUGUUGAAGAGAGUUCGAAAGUUCGCAUGGUUCGUUGUUUGAGUAAACAAACUCAUGAGGUUAUGUACCUUGCUCAUGGGGAAAGUGGAGAGGUUCAUGUCCAUGAUCAAGUCUUGCAUUCACCCGUAACUCAGGGUACGGAAAAUGAGGAAGUCACUAAGAAUGCUGAUGUAGUGGAAGUCUUUGAGUUUCAUUCUCAGGCUCGGCGAAUGGAUUCUUCUGGUUCAGAAGCUAGUAUGUACGAUGUGGAGGAUGUUGAAGACCUAACAACAUCUCCAAAACCUCAAACCAACAAUUUGGAUGUAGGACAUUGUUCAAGUGAGAAAGUUGAGUCCUAUUGUGUAGACCUAACAACAUCUCCAGAACCUCAAACAAACAACUUGGAUAUAGGACAUUGUUCAAGUGAAAAGGUUGAGUCCUAUUGUGUUACCAACUCCUCCGGUUACAACAGCCAGGAUGACCAAGGAUUAUGUGAGAAUAAUAUGAAGGAUAAAAAUGUCUCUAGCACACAACCAACUCCAUCACACUCUCUUGGCGAUUGUUUACCUAGUGAAAUAUCUAGGAGAUCACUGUCCCCGAGUUUAGAUGAAGAGAAUUUCCUUUUUGGUGACUUUGAUGAAAGUGGAGCUAAUGAUCAAUUUGAGGGAUCAUUAAGUCCCAAAUAUAUAGAUAAAGAAGAUGAUACUUCUUUUGAGAGUGGAACUGAAAACUCAAGAGUGACUUCCUCUCCCAUAGUUAUCCCUAGAAACGAAGUCGGGCGGCACAUUGGAUCCUUGCCAAAUAUUUCUUCUGGUGGUAACAGUAUGUGCCAACAUGUUCGUUAUCCUUUAAGUCAAUCACUGGACUCGACAUUUCCUGGCAAGGAUAACUUGGAAUGCUUAAAAUUAGAUGAGUACAAAGAAAAGCAGUUACCUAAUGAGCAGGCAGAUGCCAAAGAUUGCCAAGAUUCUGAUGAACUCAAAGAUACUGCUCUAAAUGUUCCCCCUGGAGGUACAUCAACAGGUAAUUGGAGAAUUUGGCCUUUCUCCUUGAGCAGUUCAGUAUCUAGAGAAUCUUUGCCGCCAAUUCCAAAUAAUGCCAAAAAUACUAGUUUUGGCAAUUCUUCAGAGAAUAAGAUUUUCACAGAUGUGAACAAAAUUGAUAGCAAACCCAAUUUAACGACAAAGAUAGUUAGGGAAACAACUCCAACUUCUGAAGAGAUAGCAUCAUUGAAUCUGAAGGAAGGGAGGAACAUUGUAACCUUCACUUUUUCUACAGCUAUGCUGGGGAAACAGCAGGUUGAUGCUCAAAUAUAUCUGUGGAAAUGGAACGACCGCAUAGUUAUCUCGGAUGUGGAUGGGACAAUUACAAAGUCAGAUGUUCUUGGUCAGUUCAUGCCUUUGGUUGGUGUUGACUGGUCACAGACAGGUGUUGCACAUUUAUUCUCCGCUGUCAAGGAGAAUGGUUACCAACUGCUUUUUCUCAGUGCCCGUUCAAUUUCUCAAGCCUAUAUUACACGACAAUUCCUACUGAAUCUUAAACAGGAUGGCAAAAUUUUACCCGAAGGUCCUGUUGUUAUUUCCCCUGAUGGACUUUUUCCCUCUCUAUACCGUGAAGUUAUUAGGAGGGUACCUCAUGAAUUCAAAAUUGCAUGCUUAGAGAGUAUCAAGGCUCUUUUUCCUUCUGAUUGCAAUCCGUUCUACGCUGGUUUUGGAAAUAGGGAUACUGACGAAAUCAGUUACCUCAAGGUUGGAAUCCCUUUAGGGAAGAUCUUCAUUAUAAAUCCCAGGGGUGAGAUAGUUGUGAACCGAAGUAUUGACACAAAAUCAUAUACUUCUAUGCACGCCCUUGUGAACGGAAUGUUCCCCCCAACGGGCUCGUCUGAGCAGGAGGAUUUUAAUUCAUGGAAUUUCUGGAAGCUACCCCCUUCUGCAAUUGAUAUUUGAAAGAGCCCUGUGGCUUUUGGGCUCAACCAUUGUUGGUCCUGGCUAUGGAUUGGUGCAAGCUGUUCAGCUCUUAGAAGAAUACAGGGAAUGCCUUUUCUGUUGUGGAUUGAUUUUUUGAAAAUUAUAAUUUGGAAGAUGGAAUUCUUAUGAAAAAUCAGGUUGGAUAUGACGAGGUCCAUUUUUGUUAGUUCAGUGUGAACUCAUUACCACUUUUCUGUCUCUUCUCGAUUAUUAUAGAUUAGUGUGUAGUUAAAUCUUCCUACUCCUUUCCACUCGAUUGUAUAUGUACUAGUUUUAGCACAUAGGGAGAAAUUCGUAAAAAGCGUGAACAUAAUUUAUGUUUGAUACAAUUUAUAUUUUGUUAUAUUUAGUAAUAUAAUACAAAUAAUGUUUAAGAAUGAA